CGGGACUCCGGAGCCAGCAGAAGCCAGGGCUUCUACGGUAGGUUUGUCGUCCUUCAGGUCCCCGGGGCGAGUUCUGACGUUACCGCCACGGCCGCGUCAUCCUGCUUUUUGAGUAGCCGCGCUUAGGCUUCCGUUGCAUGGAUCGCCAUAGACUCUUAGGACCACAGAAUCCGCACGACUUUGAUGACUGCUUUGCAAACUCCGUGCACGGAUUGGACGCAAACGUUGGGGUUGUAGAGGCUUUAAUUUUUCCCAGCUUUUUCUCUCGGUUACUUUAUAACUCGGUUAGUGCGAGAUUGCCAGCCCACACCUCGACUAGACGCCAAGGGCGAAAAUUCACAAAAAGCAGAAACUUCCCUGGUGGCUUCUUGAAGAGCAGGAAUAGCGAGAUGAUUAGAGAUUGAUACCUCGGGGCUUCUCACCGUCGUGGCCUGAUCAUGUUCCUGUGUGACUUAAUGCCGAAAUGAGUGGUCGCUGUUUAGAGCAAAGGAUUAGUAUCAAGUUUUACAUGAAAUUGAACAAGUCUGCCAGUGAGACCCACCGUCUUUUGAAAGGGUUUAUAGGGCGGGAAGGUGGCCUAAAUGAUGCAUAAAGAGUUCGUCCAGUCACGCACAGGACGGAUGAAAAUACCCAGAAAGUCAAGGACUCGGUUUUUUCAAACAGGCAGUUAACGGUGAGAAUGCUGCUGAAUGUUAGACUCAUUCUGAAAGAAAACCUGAACAUGAGAAAAAUGUCUGCCAAAGUUCCAGCGAGUAUUCUAAAGGAUGAGCCUGAACUCGAGAAAUUUGAAUUCCCUCUGAUUCAUUCAAAGGAAAUUACGAAAAGCCAUCUUAUAGUGAGGGAAAGGGUUAUGGAGUCCUUUGCAGCAGAAAUCUGGUGGGGAAAUGUCUCUGCCUGUGUUGAAUCCCAGAAUCCACGUCUCCACCCCCACCCCGCCAGCCAGCUUCUGCAGGGGCCAGCCUCAGUCAGCAAGCAUUCCCCCUAGGGUGGCUCAGCAUUGGUUCACAUCCUGCUGAAAUGAGCCUGGGGUUGCCAGAACCUGACCAGGGAGCAGUCCUCAUCUGCUUUUCAUCUCUUGCUCCUCCUUCACGCUGGGCAGGAUCCAUCUACAUAUAAUACUGACCUAUGGGGUUCUCUUCCUUGCUGUUCCCAAUCUUCUUGGAGGGCUUGUGGCUGUUGACUUCUGGUUAUAGUUUUUUUUUUUUUUUUAUUUCAGCAAGUGUGGCUCUCUUCAGUGCCUGUAGCUCGGCUUGGGGCUACCCUGCACAUCCUGCUGUCCCAGGGGAUCGUGCCAGUGAGAAGCGCAGGUCCAAGUCUAUUUCAGUGUCCCGGGAGACAUAAUUUUCUGAGGGGACGCCAAAAGAAGUCCUGCAGUUUCAGCCUGCUUCACAGUCAGGGCCUGAGAGGUGUGGUACAGAAGGCAGUGUGAUCUAACCCGAAUGACUCACGGUUGGCCUACAAUAGUCACGUCACAGAACUCCCCUCCUCCGGCAGGAGAGCUAGGUGUGCCUCAUUCUCCUGAGCUUUGGACCCAUUCUUUAGGGGUGUUCCUUCUGUAAAAGAGAAGGGUUGGCCCUAGAACAUUUAAGCCAUGAGACCCAGGUGAAGACCGUGAUGUCCCGUGAAGAGACCAAAGUGACUCUGGGAUGCAGUGCCAAUUCACACACGACAUAGUAACUGAGGUCAAGUGUGUUUUGGAUGGUGUGAAGCUCUGUAGUGCUGAUUGCUGGGGACAGGUGGGGUUUACAGAGGAGGUGGUUUUUAACUAUAUCCGUGAAGAAGGGUGAGAGAAAGGACCAUGAGAUUGGAGGAUGCACAGGAGGUGGUGCGGCAUGAGGCGGUGUAAAAAGAAAAUGCACUUUUAGUGUUAAAAUACUUAGGUCGGGCGGGGGGCAGGUAGUUGUGUUGCAGACGAGGAAUUUGAAAACUUUGGACUUCCUCUCUUCUGACUUUAAUUUUAAUGCUAGUAGUUUAUACAUUGCUACCCCUAUCUGCAGGUAGGUUUAUGAUAAACUCCCUUGUUAGAGCAGCUAAUUGGACUCUCCCCGCCCCCUUCAAAAGCAGGCUAUACAAAUUUAAACAGUCUCUUCGUACCUCGCUGCCAGAGUUCAUGGAAUGAAACUUGUCUCAAGAGGGUUGCAAGUACUCCACAUGGGCGGAAAGCAUCUCAGAAUGCCUAAGGGGGUGCAGAGGGAAGGAAGGCAACAGCUUCUCAGUGCUGGCCAGUGUCUGCCUUACCCAGGGGUUCUGACACUUAGUGACUGGCUUGCUAAGAAGUAAAUAAUACUGGGUGAUAAUCCUGACAGUGCAAUUCACUUUACUGUCUCUCCUGCUUUCAAAUGGUUUCAGGGCCGGG